AUGAAGAAACUCGAAGACCAUGAGUAUGUCAAGCUAUGCUAUUUCACCAGUGAAAGCUGCAGAGAGGCAUCACUGCACGACCACACAGUCGCCGACGGCGCCCUUGCACUGUCAUCAAACACCACUAACGUUGCGGCAUUCAGACCCAUCGGAGCCUACACAGUGUCAGCAAAGGCCAUCCCUGAUAACAAGCUAACCUGGACCAAGAUGACCCGUGCAAAGACAAACCUACUGGCCUGCAUGACGGAGGCAGGGUGGGACGUCAAGUACACUACGGCCCUCGUGUCGUUCUAUGUGCAGCUGGAGAAUCAUGCACGACUCCAACAAGGAGACGGUGGUGAACAGGUUAUCCUCGAAUACCAAUGUCAGGUCUGA